AUGUCUUCCCCUAGAGAUUCUCAAGAAUGGACACAAGUUUCUCGCAGAUCUCGCAAGAACAAGAACAAUUCCACAAAUUCCAAUCAAGUAUCUUCAUCAUCUAGCCCGCGUGUCGCCGCCCGCGUGAACGUUCCCAAUACAGAAAACAUCCGCAACCCGGCUGAGCUUGAAACAUCUUACAGACGAUACCGCGAGCGUUGGGAGUCUGAGCCAUCAUGUGCAAAAGUCCGCGAUCUCAUCACAAGCAAAGCUUCACAACUCAACAACGUCAAUCGUGCUGUCAACUUUGGCGUUGGCACGUUUGAUCCAAAGGGGGCAUAUGAUCCCAAGGCGUCGUUUGUGCAACUCGCAGCAUUUGAUAUCAUUGUAGAAGAAUUAGAGAAAAUCACGGGUGAGAAGAUGGAGACUUAUGUUCAGGAUCCAAUGUUCAGUGCCUCCGACAAGACCUUCCUCGGCAACAUUGGCCAUACUGUCGUCGAAGAACCAGCUGGAAACGACCUCGUCACACCAACCACGUUCUUCUUUGGUGUUCAUCUCUACAGGGGUGUUUAUAAAGAAGCGUUGGAGAAGCAUCUCCCUGCGCUCUUCAUCGGAACAGGCUGGGAUGCCUGGGACGAUAUGCCGAGUCUAGAUGGUCUCGAAGAAAUUCGCGAGAUACACAAGACAUAUGAGCAUUGCAGGUUUCCUGAGGACAAGUAUGACACGGCGUUUUCGACUACAAGCAUUUACUGGAAGGUUGAGGGUGAGAAGGAGGAGUCGGUCGAGGACAAAGACAAGGGCAAAGGAAAGGAGAAGGGAGAGGAUGAGAGGGAAAAGGUUGCAGUCAAGGAAGAAGACGAGGAUGAACUAGCCAAGAAACUCGAGUCGACUACUAUCUCGUAA